AUGGAGCUGCAUGAGCAGCCAGUAUCCCCCUGCAGUUUGGAUCUGGAGUUUCAUGGAGUAAUGAGAUUCUACUUUCAAGACAAAGCAGCUGGAAAUUUUGUAACAAAAUGUAUACGUGUCUCUAGUACUGCCACAACUCAAGAUGUGAUAGAAACUCUUGCAGAGAAGUUUCGACCAGACAUGCGAAUGUUGUCAUCCCCUAAAUACUCGCUUUAUGAGGUGCAUGUCAGCGGAGAAGAAAGAAGAUUAGAUGGAGAUGAGAAGCCUCUUGUUGUACAAUUAAACUGGAACAAGGAUGAUCGAGAGGGAAGAUUUGUUCUCAAGAAUGAAAAUGAUAUGCUUCCUCCAAAGAAGGCUCAGAGUAAUGGCCCUGAAAAGCAAGAAAAAGAGGGAGUAAUUCAGAAUUUCAAGCGAACUCUCUCAAAAAAAGAAAAGAAAGAAAAAAAGAGACGUGAAAAAGAGGCAUUGCGACAAGCAUCAGAUAAAGAUGAUAGAGUUCUUCAUGGGGAUGACAUUGAGAAUUCUCGCCUUGCAGCUGAGGUUUACAAAGAUAUGCCCGAGACCAGCUUCACUCGCACAAUAUCCAAUCCCGAGGUGGUUAUGAAGCGGCGGCGACAACAAAAACUAGAGAAGAGAAUGCAGGAAUUUCGUAGUUCUGAUGGCAGACCCGACUCAGGUGGUACGCUGAGAAUUUAUGCAGACAGUUUAAAACCAAAUAUACCGUACAAGACAAUCUUGCUGUCCACUACAGAUACUGCAGACUUUGCAGUUGUUGAAGCACUGGAAAAAUACGGCCUGGAAAAGGAAAAUCCCAAGGAUUAUUGUAUUGCUCGU